CCCACACACGCAGCAGGCGGGGCCGUCCGUGCAUGCGCGCCCACUCGGGAACCCGGCGGGUCACGUGACGGCAGUGUUUGUGUUUUUUUUCCCCCCCCUCUUCCCCCUCCUCCUCCUCCCGUCAGAAGAUGGCGGCGGUGCUGGAGAGCGGGGAUAAGAAAGCGGGUGAGGAAUGGAGCUCUGACCGAGGCAUCCACCGGGCGGAGACGUUAGGUUUUUAUGAGGCGAAGGCUGAACCAAGCAAACACGGGGGGAAGAAACGGAAUCUGUCAGAUCUCUCCCUGCUGAGAUUUAUUAGUGCCGAGUUAACACGAGGAUAUCUUUUGGAACACAAUGAAGCCAAGUACAAAGAAAGGAGGGAAAGAGUAUACACUUGUCUACGAAUUCCUCGAGAAUUGGAAAAGUUGAUGUUUUUUGGAUUCUUCCUCUGCCUGGAUGCCUUUCUAUAUCUCUUUACUCUACUACCACUUAGAGUCCUUCUGGCCCUAGUGCGAUUUAUUACUCUACCCUGUUUUGGUUUAAGUGAUGGAAGAUUACUGCAACCUGCUCAAGUGUGUGACAUACUUAAGGCAGUUAUAAUGGUCAUCUGCUUUGUCAUGAUGCACUAUGUGGAUUAUUCCAUGAUGUAUCAUCUUAUUAGAGGACAAUCUGUCAUCAAACUCUACAUCAUCUACAACAUGUUAGAGGUUGCAGAUCGUCUUUUUUCUUCCUUUGGUCAAGAUAUUUUGGAUGCACUGUAUUGGACAGCUACAGAACCCAAAAAGAAAAAAAGAGCUCAUAUUGGGGUGAUACCUCACUUCUUCAUGGCAGUGCUUUAUGUUUUUCUGCAUACAAUUUUGGUCAUGGUACAAGCAACAACUUUGAACGUUGCUUUCAACUCCCACAACAAAUCAUUACUUACCAUCAUGAUGUCAAAUAAUUUUGUGGAAAUAAAAGGAAGUGUUUUCAAGAAGUUUGAGAAGAACAAUCUGUUUCAGAUGUCCAAUAGUGAUAUAAGGGAGAGAUUCAACAACUAUGUACUUCUGCUGAUUGUUUGUUUGAGGAAUAUGGAACAAUUUUCUUGGAACCCAGACCAUCUCUGGGUGUUGUUUCCAGAUGUUUGCAUGGUAAUUGCAUCAGAAAUGGCUGUGGAUGUGGUUAAACAUGCUUUUAUUACGAAAUUCAAUGAUAUUACAGCUGAUGUAUACAGUGAGUAUAGAGCCAGCCUUGCAUUUGACUUGGUUAGCAGCCGUCAAAAAAAUGCAUAUACAGAUUAUAGUGAUACAGUAUCAAGAAGAAUGGGAUUUAUACCACUUCCAUUAGCCGUUCUGCUAUCCAGAGUUAUCACAAGUUCCACAAAAAUUCAGGGAGCCUUGGCUAUUGUCAGCCUAUUGGUGUUUUACCUCGGGCUGAUUGCACUUAAAGUUCUGAACAGCAUUGUGUUGCUGGAAUCUUGCCAAUAUGUAAAAGAGGCCAAGAUGGAGGAGAAGCUGUUUCAAUCCCCACUAGCCAGCAUCCCUGGGAAACCUGCCAAAAAAUCUGUCAGCAAAGUUAAAUCAUCUCAGCUUGGAUUGAGCACAGAAGAAAUGCAAUCAGACUCCAUCGUUAGCCAGCCUGUAUCUCUGUCAGAAAGUGUAUCGGCUCUGGUUUCAAGCAACAGUUCUGACCAAUUUCUUACAACCCCCAAUAUAGAGGACAAAGGAAUACCACAGGAAAAACCUGAUGGCAAACAAUGUUCUUCAAAAGAAGAUCUACUUGAAAUAGACAGGUUCACAAUUUGUGGAAAUCGGAUUGAUUGAUUAUUGCACCAGUCUUUAGAAGUGCAGCUUCAAAUUUAAGCCUUUGCAUGGCAAAUGGAACGCUGUUAAGCUUGACAGUUUAUAAAGGUUCAAAAGCUGCCAAAGGAGGCUCUGAUCAGGAAUAUUUAUUAAAAUCUUUAUAAUUUAUUAAUGAUUCAAACUAAAAUAUAUUUUACCUGUUUUUUUCAUCUCUGGAGAUACUUGGUUUGGAAUAUGCCAUUUUGGUUUGUGUAUCAAUUUCCUGUAGCAAAGGAAGAAAAUCUUUUGGUUGGUUUCUAUGGAGACCUGGCAGAUAAAUGCUCUCAAAGACAGCUUUCUCUACAGCUGUAUGAAUUUUUGUGCAAUAUUUCUUGCCAGUUGUGAUGCAAUUACACCUUCAUACAAUAAUGUGAAUAUACAGCAAGAUAACUUUUCUUUUGGCUUUUUAAAAUGUUUUCAACAAGAUUCUGUUGUAUUUGCAGAAUUUCAUUGUAGAUAUGUGCCUAUUGCAGUGAUUUUAUUUUACGAAAUCUAAUCCUAUUCUAGAAAAGAAAUGUUGGUAAGCUGAUCCCAAAACUUCCAGUUGAAGUUUACAGUUAUUUCUGGGGAAGUUUCAAUUAUAAGAUGAAUAUGCAAGAAUUAUUGAUAAAGGAAGCGUUGCUGUGUGGAUCCUUUUAAAGGAAUCACCUGCAUAUGGUGUAUUAGAAAAAUUCUAACAGAAAACUGCUGAAAUAUCCAGAGUUACUGAUCGCCUGAAAAAGAAAGAGAAAGAAAUGAUCCUUUCUUAAAGUUUCGUCUGGGACAUUGAUCUGUCUUGCCUUUCAGAUGCUGGUAAAGCUGCCAGCUGCUUCCAGCAUUUUCUACUUUUAUUUCAGAUUUCCAUUAUUCUUGAUUUUCUUUUCGCUGUAUCCUAAGAAUUGAGUUUAUAGUACAAUAGAAAAGUUAUCCAAGUUAUUCAAAUGAAUGAAUGAACAGACUAUAUACCGGGAAGGAAUGAAACGCACAGGCUGAAAUCCUGAAGGAGGUUAAGAAGAAAAAGUUAAAUCGGUAAGAGGCAAAAAUGGGUAAUUUUCCUAUAAAGAAGUACAUGAACAAAGGAAAAGUGUCCGAGACACACAAGUAAUUAACCUUACAGUUCCUUAUUAAGUGAACUGCAUUAAUCUAUUAUAGUUCUUGUAUGUGCAAUGUUUCUAGCUUUUUUGUUUUGCACUAAAGACAAUAAUGUUUUUGUUUAAGAUUUCAUGAAAAAACAUCACUACACAAAUUUCUAACUCCAGCAGCUCAAAAAACUUGUUUUGCAAGAAAUAUUUCAUGUUAACUGAAAGUUUAAAUGGUCUGACUGAAGUAGCACCAAGUAGAUUUGAAUAAAUUAGCUUAUUGUGUCAUUAAUUUAAGGGUGCUAUCUAGGUUACAAAUAUUCAAAUUUCUAAAGAUUUACAAUAACUUUCCCUCUCUCUACUCACUUUCAAGUUAACUGCAAAAAGACAUGGCUGAAGUUUAUAAAGCCACCAAAUACAAAAUCUUCUGUAUCUUUUUAUAAUUAGUACAACAUGUAAAAAAAAAUGCUGAAUAAAUGUCCUUUUGUAACUCAAA